AUGCAGCGCAAUUGUCAGUUCGCCGCACUACUGCACGGCCUCAUGCACCUAGAGGACGGAGGGCAGCCCACCAUACCACUUACGGACACGGGCUCCACUGUGCAUCGUCGGACGUCGAGUGGCAUCAACGGGAUCCGCGCACUGACAGCCGCACGGCGAAGCACCUCACAGAUGCUGUGA